AUGGCAACACGGAGAGCCCGGAGCAGGAACGUCAUUGAUUUCUGCGACAGUGAUCUCGAUUUUACAACCCACGAGCAGAAAAAGCAGGAAGUAAACAAACACACGUGGAAGAUGGCGGUUUUAGAGCAGAAAGAGAAGAGGAAACAUGUGGAUAUUUUAAGGGAAUUUAGAGCAUCGUUUUUCUCCAUGAACCGCUUGGCUUCCUUUCCCUGGACUUUUAUAGAGACCGAGCUGCAGAACAAGUCAUCAGAGUUUACCUCAGAGCUGCUAAAGCAGACAUGUCUUCAUCCUCUGUGUGAGACGUUUCCACCAUCAGUCCGAUUCAGGAGGCUGUUCCUCACUGAGCUCAUCAAACGGCAGGAGGCUGCAGGCUGCGACCCUCUGGAUGAGCUGUACGAUGCCCUGGCUGAGGUGGUGGGGGUGGAGGAGACCCCCGACUGCUACAAGAGCUACUUCCUGCCUAAUGGAGACGCCAUCAGCCUUCUGGAAAGCAUCGCUCUGAUAUCCGAGGGAACGACUGGUCUGGUGACCUGGGAAGCUGCUCUUUACCUGGCUGAGUGGACUCUGGAAAACCAACAGGUGUUCACCGGCAGGUCGGUUCUGGAGCUGGGAAGCGGUGUCGGAUUAACAGGUAUCACCGUCUGCCGCUCCUGCAACCCGCUUAGAUUCGUCUUCAGCGACUGUCACUCCGCAGUCCUGGAAAAACUCAGAGAAAAUGUCCGGCUGAACCGUCUCGGUGAGGAAACGUCUCCUGCCAUCAGAGUGGACGAGCUGGACUGGACGACAGUGACGGAGGAGCAGAUCCGAGGGAUAAGAGCCGACACGGUCAUCGCUGCAGACGUGGUGUACGAUCCUGACGUCGCAGGAAGUCUGGUGAAGCUGCUGUUGAAGAUCCUGGACUGUUCAUCAGCGGAGGCUCAACCAGAGAUCUACAUCUGCUCCACCGUGAGAAACCCGGAAACGUACGGCGACUUCAAGCUGCAGCUUGAAGCUGCAGGACUCAACCAUGAGGUGAUGACCGGACCUGUCGGCGCCGUGUUUCCCUACAACAGACUGGCUCCAUUAGAGCUUAUGAAAGUGUUCAGGUGA